AUGGACCAGAUGAUCCGCCAGGUCCCCCUCCACCACCGCCCCCCGACCCGCACCUCCUCCCCGUCCUCCCCCAAUAGUACCCUGGAGAUGCCCAACGUGCCCUCCUACCCCCAACUGCCCCCCAUCAGCCUGUCCAGGCAGCUGUCAGGGCUUUUCAACCCCACCUUCCACAUCGAGGACGACCCCACGUCCGCUCGGCCCUCAGCGAGCUCCAGGCUCAGUGUGCACCCUGCUGUCAACGUGGAGGAUGUGGAUUCAGGCGGAGGGGGGCACCAUCGACACAUUCGCCAAAUCCUCACCCCCCAGGACCCCAACCUCAAGACCCUGACCGUACCCAGAGUGUCAAAAGCCAGCCGCCAGAGCAAAGUUGCUGAUAAAGAAAAGAACCUGCACUCUCAGAGUGAGGAUGAUGAUGAAGAGGAGACUGAGACCGCAGUGAGGGCGUGGCCUAGCCAGUCCAGCAUCCUCAGUGGAGACGAUGGGCUGAAGGAGCGGCCUGCGUCGUCCGCUAGCCAGGCCAGCUACGUGGUGAACGAGCGCCUACAGGAGCUGGUCAAGAUGUUUAAGGAGAGGACAGAGAGGGCCAAAGAGAAACUCAUAGACCCAGAUGACUCUGAUGAUGACAGUCCCACUGCCUCCCCUGUGAGAGCUCCAACACCUCCUCCUGCACCUCCAGAGGAGCCGGAGGAGGAAGCACAACCAGCUUCCCCUGAGAGGGAGAUGGAGGAGCAGCAACCCCAGUCUAGACUGUGCUGCAAGGUGACGCCUCCUCGCUGGAUCAGAGCCCUGCUUCACUACCGCUUCCCCUCUAGCAUCGACCCCUUCACCAAUCUGGUCUAUGUGCUGUGGCUAUUUUUCGUCACCUUGGCGUGGAACUGGAACGUGUGGCUGAUCCCGAUGCGCUGGGCCUUCCCCUACCAGACCCCUAGUAACAUCUACCUGUGGCUGCUAGCCGACUACCUGUGUGACCUCAUCUACAUCCUGGACAUCAUGGUCUUCCAGCCCCGCCUGCAGUUUGUCCGCGGUGGCGACAUAGUGUUUGACAGAAAGGACAUGCGAAAGAAUUACAUGAAAACUUUCCGGUUCAAGAUGGAUGUCGUCAGUCUUGUGCCACUGGAAUUGUUCUAUUUUAAAACUGGGAUCAACCCACUCCUCCGCUUCCCACGGCUACUAAAGGUAAUGUCUUUCUUCGAGUUCAACGACCGUCUCGAGGCCAUCCUGACCAAAGCCUAUGUUUACAGAGUGAUCCGGACCACCACCUACCUGCUGUACUGCCUCCACUGCAACGCCUGUCUGUUCUACUGGAUCUCUGCGUAUGAAGGUCUGGGCUCCACGAAGUGGGUCUAUGAUGGGAAGGGCAACAGUUACAUCCGCUGCUACUACUUUGCUGUGAAGACUCUGAUCACCAUUGGUGGACUGCCGGAGCCCACAACGCUCUUUGAAAUCAUCUUUCAGCUCAUCAACUACUUUGUAGGAGUGUUUGCCUUUUCCAUCAUGAUAGGACAGAUGAGAGAUGUGGUUGGUGCAGCCACUUCCGGACAGACGUACUACAGAGCAUGCAUGGACAACACUGUCAAAUACAUGGCCUCCUACCGUAUCCCCAAAGACGUGCAAAACCGGGUCAAAACCUGGUACAACUACACCUGGCAGUCCCAGGGCAUGCUGGAUGAACAGGAGCUUCUGGUCCAGCUCCCAGACAAGAUGAGGCUGGACAUCGCUGUAGAUGUCAACUAUGACAUUGUCAGUAAAGUCUCUCUCUUCCAGGGUUGCGACAGACAGAUGAUCUUUGACAUGUUAAAGAGUCUGAGGUCUGUUGUUUACCUCCCGGGGGACUAUGUCUGCAAAAAGGGCGAGGUCGGACGGGAGAUGUACAUCAUCAAGGCCGGGGAGGUGCAGGUGGUGGGCGGGCCAGACGGGAAGACCGUGUUUGUCACACUGAAGUCGGGGUCAGUGUUUGGGGAAAUCAGCUUGCUUGCAGUGGGUGGAGGAAACAGGAGAACAGCCAACGUAGUGGCUCAUGGCUUCACCAACCUGUUCAUCCUGGACAAGAAGGACCUCAAUGAGAUUUUAGUGCAUUACCCCGAGUCUCAGAAGCUGCUCCGCAAGAAGGCAAGGAAUAUGCUGACAAAAGACAAGAAGCCUCAGGAGCCUCCGAAGGAGCCGGCCCAGGUGAUCCCUCCUCGGACAGAGACACCCAAGCUACUUAAAGCUGCUCUGGAGAUGGCUCGUCAGAAAACAGGCCUCAAAGGGACCCUUGCAAAGAUUAAGGAGAACACCAACAUAUCCAGUAUUUCGCUUCAGCCCUCAAUGUCCUCCUCCCUGACCCCCCUGUCCCCAGUCUCUCCAGUCUCCAGUCUGGACCCAGAGCGCAAGUCUGGCAUCAUGUCCCCAACCUCAGACAGCUCCACGUUGCUCCGCCCCGCCUCCCAUUGUCACAGAGGUGAGACGCUGUCCAAGGAGCAGGGCAACGUGGUGGAAGAAGAGGCAGGAGAGAGUGGGAAGAGGAAAGAAAAGAGAAAGCCAUGAGUUGUCUCCAAAAGCUUUAAGAGCAGUCUUCAUGUGAAGAAAUGGAUGCAGUUGUUUAUCCCUCUAUACUCUGUUGCAGAGAGGGAGACCAGAGAGAAGAGCCAUGGGUCCUAAAGAUCAUCCAAUUAUGUCUCAGGAGUCACAGAGUCACAGUUCCUGUUCCGUUAUACCUAUAGACUCUUUUUUUUUUUUACCUCACUGACUGUCUUAUCCCCUUGACACUUAUGUAUAGGGCCUAGGCUACCUAAUUCCACAGGGAUGACGAAACGGGUGCUAAACUGAUGUCUUCGACAUUGCACUAUAUGUUUGUGUUUACAAUCCCAGGGGUAAAUGUACCAAUCAGCAAUAAUUGACACAGACAUCAUCUCGUUACGGAGAUAACAAAGCGGUCACACAGGGUAGAGCUGUAUGCGUGUGUG